GGUCCUCGUGAACAACUACUUGCUUUUAAAUAAAAUCAAACCCCAACCUUGAGGCAACUUCAGAAAAAACAUCACAUUUGAAUUCGAAUCCGAAAAAAAAAACAAAGUCCAAACAGUGAGGGUGAUGUCUUCCAAGCUGGCGUUUACUUUUCUUUACUUUCUCAUGAACUCCAAUUCUGACGUAUUUUAAAACGCAGCCUCAAAGUGACCAUUUAAAAGCCUUUUCUUUUAUUUCCAUUACCGUUGAUGAAAACUGAAAUUGGGCAGUCUAAUAUUGUUCAUACAUUUACACAAAAGAAUGUAUCCAAAGAUCAAGGUGAGGAAACAGGAAGAAGAUGAUGAAUCCUCCCCCCCAAAUGAUCAUGUAUCUACGCCUUCUUUAAGGGUUAAAAGUGAAUCUCUAUCUGUGGAAGGUUGUGGUUCCCACGCUUCAGAAGAAGAAAAUCAAAGUGAUUCUUCACCUUCAAUGGCAAGAUUUGCAAAGCCUUAUUUCGUCAGAAACUUGAAAGCACAGCCAUGUUCUGCAUCCAAAGGCAAAUUGAAGGACAACAGACGUAUUGGAGAGAAUAGAAAACUUAGUCUUGGAGCCAAAUCAGCUUUACGUCCUCGAGCAGUCUGGUCUAGUCCUGACAAUGACGGGAUAAUUGGGAAGAGAAACAAAUGGAAGAAUGAAAGAACCUUGACUUUGAAAAGUUGUAAUUCUGAGCUGAGGAAGCCCGCUAAAACCUCGGUUAUUGCAAAUCAGGGUAAAUCAGAGAGUCCUCUGAACAUAAGAAAGUGCUUCAAGGUGGGUCCAUGUGCAUCCAGUAACACAGGUGCUCUUAAGCAAAAGGGACUGUCAAAGAUCAGCAGUCCGGUCUAGAACACGAAAUCAAGCUUCAUUGAGAUUUAAAUACUUUGUCAUUACUACUGCGUUAGUUGUUUAUACUUUUAUCAAGUCACUUGGCUUCGGAAAGCUUUAUUUUUUCUAGGUGCCAAAUGAUAUGUUACCUUCCUUUAUCAGCGACGGUUCUCUAUUCAAUUGAUUUAUAUUGAGAUUUAUCAGUCA